GAGAGUCACAUAUCGCCGCAUCCUUCUGAUGCGAAUGCUUUAACUCGCUUCUCUAUUCACGCAGAAACACUGAUAAUGGCAACGGAAGGGACAGAAUCUAACUACAAUUCGUCUACUGAAGGUCUUCAGGACCAAUCUUCGCCUCGCGAAUCGCUGCCUCCUCAUUCAGGUGGCUCAACAAUCACCGAGUUUCAGUCCCGUUCUGGGGCAAGAGUUCAGUUGUCACGCAACUUCGAGUUUUUCCCUGGUACGUCAGAUAGGGUUAUAAUGGUAUCUGGGCUUGUGGAUAAUAUACUCAAGGCAGUUGAACUUAUUCUUGGUAAAUUGUUAGAUGAGUUUUAUGCCGAAGAUGGUGAUGAUGUGCGAUCAAAAGUUAGACUAGUUGUGCCCAAUAGCUCUUGUGGUGGAAUUAUUGGGAAGGGAGGAGCCACGAUAAGGUGUGCAUAUUGAAUGCUAAGAAGAAGUAACAGUUUGAACAAUCUUACGCCUUUUGAUCUUGAACCCGAAAGAUCGUCCACAGGUUAAGGACGGAGGCAGAAGCAAGAUAAAGAAUUGCAGAGUUGCGCAUCGUAGUCCAACCACAGCCAACUGAGAUGGCAGAAAAUGAAUAGCGAACCAGUGAUUGAGGCCUCAAGGCCUAGGCUCACGAACAUGAAUCAGGCUAUCGUUAGCCUAAAAUAACUGGGCACUUCGACCUAAAACAGUACAUGAUGCAACUAAUUCAAUCCAUAGGGCUAUUUGUGGGUUUGUCGAGUGAAGAUCCCCAAAGGCAUAUAUAAAUUUUUUUGGAGAUUACGGAUACAUACAACUAUCUGAACGUCUCCAAGGACUAUGUCAGACUAACUUUGUUUCCCUUUUCUCUGAUGGGGGAAGCAAAGUAAUGGUUAAACAAAGAGCCUGCAAACUCAAUCCUCACAUGAGAUGAUCCAACACGCAAAUUCCUCAUCAAAUUCUUUCCCACAAAGAAAACAAAGUCAUUGAGAAGCCAAAUUUUGGGGUUUCAACAAAAAGAGGGCGAGACUCUACGUCAGGGCUGGGAGAGAUAUAAAAAGCUACAGAGAGAUUGUCCUCACCAUUGUCAAACUAAUGAAGUGUUGGGACACACGUUUGUGGAUGGGUUGGACGAGACCUCCAAAUUGAAUCUAGACUCAACUUGUGGAGGAAGUUGAAUGCAAAAGCCCUACAGUGAGAUUCAGACUCUGCUGAAUAAUUUCACUACAAACGAUCAUAACUGGCAACGUGAGAGUGAACCAAGAAGAAUGAUCAGAUAGAAAGCAACAGGUAUACUCGAGCCAGAUGAGAUGUCAACCAUGAGGCAAGAAAUUUCUAAGCUUACCAACAAAGUGGAUAAGAUGGCAAUGGGUCAAGGGCAUCAAAUGCAUCAAGUUCAGAGGAUUGCCAUAUGUUUUGAAAUUUGUAGAGAAGGUCACACGAGUGACCAAUGUUCGGUGAAUCCAGAAUCUAUUUAUUAUGCGAGCCAGCAGAGUAGAGGUCCAAUGAUACAAAAUGCACAAUAUGGGAACACUUAUAAUCCCAACUGGAGGAAUCACCCGAGCUUCUCGUAGGGUGGAAAUCAAAGUCAAAAUCAAAACCAAUACAGACCCCAAGGAAACUAUAACCAAAGCCAAACACCACCACAACAAGCAGAAGAGAGCAUAAAUGACUUGUUGAAAAUGUUGUUGCUUGACAACCAACAGCUUAGAACCGACAAUCAAUAACUUCGGCUUGACAAUCAACAACUCAGGACUGAUUUUAGAAAUUUGGAGAGGCAAUUCGGGCAAAUAGCCUCUAAUCGGAAUGUUAGGCUAGCUGGAGCACUCCUAAGUGAUAUUGAGAAGAAUCCCAUAGAACACGUGCAAUGAAUUAAUCUGAGAAGUGGGAGAGAAUUAGAGGAGCCUCCUUCUCAAAAGCAUGUAUCUGAAAGAGAGUUGGUGCCUAAGCCAGUAAAAGAAGCUAAAAUAAGGAUGAUGAACACAAGCAAUAGAUAGAGGUAAUGCCACCAACGCCUUUUCAUCAAAGGUUGCAAAAAUUGAAAGAUGAUUCCGAGUACAAAAAGUUCUUAGAUAUAUUGAGCUAGGUGCGUGUGAAUCUACCUCUGGUAAAAGUGCUGCCAGAAGUUCCUAAAUAUGCCAAGUAUCUGAGAGACAUUGUGGCCAACAAAAGAGGGUUGACAGAGUUUUAAACGGUUGUACUUACUGAGGAGUGCAGUGCUAGAAUACAAAGUAAGAUCCCGCCUAAGUUGAAUGGUCCAAGUUGUUUUAUAAUUCCCUUGGCGAUUGAAAAACGCGAGUUUGGUAGAGCCUUGUGCGAUUUGGGAGCGAGCAUUAAUUUGAUGCCACUAUCAGUGUUUAAACAACUUGAUCUAGGAGCACCUAGGCCUACUACUAUAACACUACAGCUAGCAGAUCGGUCAUUGUGAGCACGCAAUUUUUUCCCUACCCAUAGUUUACUCCUAAAUAAUUCACAAAAAUAAUUU